ACUUCCGCCCUUUUCUCCUUCGCUUUCAAAAAUUCCCACCAAGUUUUCUCGACUGCAAAUUCAUCUCCUCCACAACACCUAACUUUCCUGCAAAAACCCUAAUUCACCACCAUGCAGCCGUCCGGCGACGGAAUUUCCAGAGCCGACGGCCGCUGCUCAUGCUUCUCCGACGAGAAUGGUGGUUUUCACGGCUAUCACGACGGAUCCGGUGAUCCGAACUGCAAGCAUUGCAGAAAAUCCGAUACUUCGUCCUCAUAUUCUUAUUAUUCGCCCGUGUUUAAUUCGAUUCCGUUGACGGACUCGGAGAAGCUACGGAGAAUUUUCAUUGCUUCGGUUAAGGGCUUCACAAUUGGAGCUGGUCUCAAAGGUGGCCUUGCUCUCUUCUCGAUCUUAGCUCGAUUGAGACGACGGAAGGUCCUAACCUCCUCCAGGAAGGUCGGUGUGAUUACGGACAGUGAAGCAAUUGUAAUGGCUGCGAAGGAGACCUUGAGAUACGGUCUCUUUCUUGGAACUUUUGCUGGUACAUUUGUCUCUGUGGAUGAGCUUAUUGGUGCUCUGGGCGGUCAUCGUAGGACUGCGCAAUGGAGGGCUCUGGUAGCGGGGGCGGUAGCGGGGCCGUCGAUGCUGCUGACUGGGUUAAACACGCAGCAUACGAGCUUGGCCAUAUACAUACUCAUGCGUGCUGCGGUCUUGGCGUCGCGAUGCGGGAUAAAGAGCAAGCGGUUUGGGCGAAUUUGUAAACCUCUCACGUGGUCGCAUGGUGACAUAUUUCUCAUGUGUCUCUCCUCUUCACAAAUUUUGUCUGCUUACAUAUUGAAGCAAGAGAGUCUGCCCGCAUCAUACAAGUCCUUUCUCAACAAACAUGGUGGAAAGGAUUCUGUUAUCCUGCAAGGUGUGAAACAGAUUGCAAGUGGCAUUCCUUUUACUAAUUUGGAAGAAAUCGAGAAAUUUUACAAGGGGAAGGGGACAAACAUUAAACUAGAUCCUGAAAUGAAGGUUCCCUGCUCGAUCAUACAUGGAAAUCAGUCAUGCAGUGCACAUGUUCUUUCUUUUUUUCUUCAAGCCUAUAAAAGAGCAUUGCCAGUGUAUCUACCAGUAUAUUUGAUUCCUGCACUGAUAGUUCAUCGUCAGGGCCUUCGGAAAAGGCCUUAUACAAUAUUAGGAAAGGGUCUUCUUGGCACUGCAAGAUCAAGCUUGUUUCUAUCUGUAUAUUGCUCAUCUGCCUGGAUGUGGACGUGCCUGCUCUUCAGGAUCUUCAAGAGAUGUAACAUUCCAAUGGUGGCAAUGGGAACGUUUCCAACUGGCUUGGCAUUGGCCAUUGAGAAAAAAAGCAGGCGAACUGAGAUAUCACUCUACUGCCUUGCCCGGGCUAUCGAGAGCUUCUUCACAUGUAUAACUGAAGCUGGAUAUCUGCCACAGUCAAAGAAUUUGAAGAGAGCUGAUGUGGUGAUUUUCAGCUUAGCAACGGCCAUCAUAAUGCACUGCUAUUCGCAGGAAAGGGAAGUUUUUCGAUCAAAAUAUUUGAAUGUUCUUGAUUGGGUGUUUGGCAUUCCGCCUCCCCCAUGUGAGACCCCACGCUGCAAAAAUAGUUAGAAGCUAGUUUUGAGGGAGAGUUUUGGAUGGAUGUUAUUUAAAUUGCUUGUAUGCUGCAGGGUUAAUUUUUACCUAGCGCAGUUACUAUUCGAGUUCAAAAAAAGUUAGAAUCACGUUUUUUUUUU